UCUCCCCGGAAGCGGAGCCGCCGGCGCCCUGUGCGUCCCGCCCCCGGCGCGCGCUGAUUGGCCGCGCGCUCCAACCGUCGGUAUUUGAAUCGGCGGCGGGCGGACGGGCUCCCGGACUCGGCGCCUCCCGCUCCCUCGGCUUCGUGUGGCCGCCGGCAGAAUGAGUCUGCAGAUCUACAGUGAUGAAAACGUCAGUGGUGACAAAAGUGCAGAAAACUGCGAGUUCCUGUUUUCACCACCGGAACUUACCGGAAGACUAUCUGUUCUUCGUCUGUCACAGAAAGAAAAUGUGCCACCCAAGAGUGUACUCAAGGCUAUGAAAGUGACUUUUCAGACUCCUCUGCGGGACCCACAGACGCACCGGAUAUUAAGUCCUAGCAUGAGCAGCAAGCUCGAGGCUCCUUUUGCUCUGGAGGAUGCUGUUGGGUUAGAAAACUCUCCUCAAAACCGGACCCAGAAACAGAACCAACAGUUCACCAAGGAAGUUGACAGCAAAAUGACCAAUGGAAUUCUCCAGAAACGAAUGGUGGCCAGUGCCAACCCCCCUCCAGCAGAUGUGAGACCAGCCUCUGAAGAUAGGCAGCAUUCCAGUGGGCCCACCUCAGCUCACCUGGCCGGCCUGGAUCCCUCAAGCUCUCCCCAGAUGCCAGAAACUCUUGAAGAUCAAGUGGCUUCUCUAGGACAAACAUCUGUGAGCCCUGAGCAUGCCCUGGAGGAAAGUGUUCAUUCUCAUUUCUUAGAAAAAAGUAUUACCUUCACCUCGGAAAUCCUAGAAGACCCUUCCCAGAUGGCUCCCCAACACCGAACAGAAGACCCUCCCGGAGCUGCCACAGAAAGCUCGAACCAGGUCCCUGCUUCCUCAGCCAGAGCUGCUCUGCCCCCCGGUACUCCCCCAACAGGAGCACGUGAAGAAGGACCCCUCAGAGACCUGCCUGGCGAGGCCCUGGCCAGCCCUGAAGACCCCUCUGGUUCUGGGAACACCAUCCUGGCCAGCCCUCUGAAGCCUGCAGGGGCCACGUCCCCAAGUCCUCAGAAGAAAGAAGCUGAUGGCCAGAGGGCCAGCUCUUGGAGCAGUGGGCCCAUAGGACUAGAAUUUGAUUUCUCUGACAGUGCCACCAGCAAAACGUUGCCCCCACCGAGGGAACUGGGGAAGAGACCCGGCCUUAAACCUCCCUCUAGGAUGUCAGAGGCGAGGCAGGAAAAGGCCCCCGAGGAGGCGGGUGAGGGGCCCGUUCCCCUUCCCCAGGGGUCUUACAACCUGGACUGGAACAAGCUGGAGGACCCAGACUUUAACCCAUUUGAAGGUGGAGGAGAGGCCCUGCCCCCAGAGUGCCCCCAGAGCGGGCCAGCCGAGCCUGUGGCCAAGGAGCUGUGUACUGGUCCCGAGGCCCCAGGGCGCUCCUCUCCGAGCCAGCAGGUACCUUCAGCCUCCACGGAUGACACGCCUUUGGCACAGACCGCGGCCAGGACCCCGGGCACAGCCGGCAAGGAGGGAGCCGCGGACUGUGCCCGUGCAUCAGCUCCCACGGGCAGCCCGGGCGGUGAGCCUGCGCCCCCCACUCCUCCGCGGGGCCCGGAGCCUGCCUCAGAGCCGGAGGAGGAGCACUUCCGAGACCCAGCUGAGGUUCUAGGCACAGGAGCCGAGGUGGAUUAUCUGGAGCAGUUUGGGAGUUCCUCGUUUAAGGAGUCAGCCCUGAGGAAACAGUCCUUGUACCUCAAGUUUGACCCGCUCCUGAAGGACAGCCCUCCGAGACCAGUGCCUAUGGCUCUGGAGACCAGCAGUGCACAGGACGUGGCCGUGCCCUCCUCAGGAAGCCCGCCCAAGGCGAAGCUAGUGGAACUUGACUUCCUAGGAGCCCCAGAUGCUCCCGUGCUGGGCCCCCCUCCCUGUGUCUUUGGGCCUGGGGGUCCGCCGCUGCCCGUGGGGUCCAUUGUGGACGUGCUGCAGUACAGCCAAAAGGACAUGGACGCGGCGGUAGAGGCCACACGCGAGGAGAACGCGUUGCUGAGGAGCAGGUGUGAGGCGCUGCACGCCAAGAACCUGGAAAUGGGGAAGAUAAUGGACGGGUUUGAGGGGAUCGUAUACCAGGCGAUGGAGGAGGCUCAGAAACAGAAGGAACUUGCAAAAGCGGAGAUCCAGAAGAUUCUGAAGGAAAAAGACCAACUGGCUGCUGACCUGAGCUCCAUGGAAAAGUCUUUCUCUGACCUCUUCAAGCGGUUUGAGAAACAGAAGGAGGUGAUCGAGGGGUAUCACACGAAUGAAGAGUCGCUGAAGAAGUGUGUGGAGGAUUACAUAGCGAGGAUAGAGAAGGAAGGCCAGCGGUACCAGGCCCUGAAGGCCCACGCAGAGGAGAAGCUCCAGCUGGCCAGCGAGGAGAUGGCCCAGGUGCGCAGCAAGGCCCAAGCGGAGGCCCUGGCCUUCCAGGCCAGCCUGAGGAAGGGGCAGAUGCGCAUCCACUCGCUGGAGAAGGCAGUCGAGCAAAAGACUAAGGAAAACGAGGAACUGACCCGAAUCUGUGAUGACCUCAUCUCCAAGAUGGAGAAAAUCUGACACGGAAGCCCCCACCCCAUUUGUGUGUCUGUCUGUAGAAGUUUCUUCUCUUCUCUCUUGAUCUCUUGUUUUUAAACUAGAUUGCUUUAAAAAGAAGAGUAAAUAAAGUUUCCCUUUGGUUCAA